AACAGCUGCACCGCAAGUAUAUAAGAAGAGCAGCAGCUAGGAAAACAUCCAAGCAAGUUCGAUUCAACUAACAGCUAACGAUACAAACAGCACCCCUCCAACUCCUGCUACAUGUGUGCCUGGCCUACUGUGUGCUGGGAGCACCCUCCACACAACUUAGUGUCUAUCAGGACAAAUUAACGAUUAGCCCUGAAGCCAUCAGUUCUAUUGAAGACAUCAUUGAAGACCAAGUUCGUUCCAGCCUUGCCAAUGCUUACCUGGGCCAAUUUCCUGAAAUGGCUGCUACUUCGUGCAAGGAGAUAUCCGAAACUAAGCCUGACUACCAGUCUGGUUACUAUUGGAUACGAGGACCGGCUGGGCCAGUGGGAGUCUAUUGCGAUAUGGAACCUCCCUUUGAACAAUACGGUGGUUGGAUGAGAGUUGCCACUGUUGAUAUGAGCGACAAACACUCGCAGUGUCCAUCAGGGUUAGUACUCAAUGUGACCAGCAAUAAACGGACAUGUGGAAGAAGUGAGAAGUUUGCUAAUGGAGGAUGUGCUUCGACUGUCUUCUCUGUACACAAUGCCCCAUAUAAAAAAGUAUGUGGGAAAGUGAUUGGGUAUCUAAGCAAGAAAUCGAACGGAUUUGGCCCAUCUAGAGGAACACCACUAAUAAAUGAAACGUAUGUGGACGGAAUAAGCAUAACACACGGACACCCAAGGCAGCACAUUUGGACAUUUGCUGCAGCUGGAGGAGGCAGUAUCACAGCUGGCUAUCACUACGCCUGCCCGUGUCUAGAUUUUUCUCAAUCAUUUACCGGCUCGAUACCAAGCUUUGUGGGGAGUGAUUAUUUUUGUGAGACUGGUAACAGAGACGGUGUUGAGGAAGCUAACGCUAUAUUCACAGAUGACCCUCUAUGGGAUGGCAAAGGCUGUGAGGGUACCAAUAUGUGCUGUGAUCGUGGAGGUCCAUGGUUUUGUAAGGAGCUGAGCAAAACAGCAUGCGACGAUAUCGAGUUACGAAUUUGCACCAAUGAGUGGAAAGAAAACGAAGAUUUGUUUCUUGAAGAGAUUGAAAUGUACGUAAAGUAAAGUAAAGUAAUCUUAACUAUAUACAUGUUUUUACAUUAAUAGUAACCUUCAUAGCUAAACGGUUACAAAUUUGUUCAGAAACGCACCGUAAUUACGUACCGUUGUACACUACAGGCGAUCACUUUCAAUUUGGAGAGUGUGUCGUCAACAACUAUGUAAAUAUGGAACAGAAUUUACUAAGUAUAAGCAACAUAUCCUUGUGUAAUUAUAGCUACGCAACUAGUACAUGUAUUAUCCAGUG